AUGACCUCAGGCAACAAGGCCGUCGAGCAAUCCCAUCCAACACCGUAUCUCCCUCAAAGUACUCCCCACCACACCCGCCAUACACCCCCGUCAUCCGAUAGCUCUAGCACUCACACAAGAAGACAGAGACCAAGGAAACAAAGGGAAGAUAGAUACGAGGAGGAAAUCCAAUUCAAUAUCGCCUUCUUCGGGAGUGCUCGUGGGCAGCGCGAUCCCGUCCAAUCCUCCAGAAUGCUCGACGAAGAGUAUCCCCCUCCCCCCACCUACGAGAAGGCGACCUCAACUACGGUAUCUACAAUCGUAUCUGAGGCAUUAUGUUCACGAGAACAGGAAGCGGAUAGGUCAGAUUCAGUUUCUGUGACCUCCGUACCGCCAAUCCCCCAGACUGAGGAGGAUGGAUCCAGUAUCGAGCUUGUGGACCUCGAGCCAGGAACUAGGUGGGAAUUAGAAAGGCAGCGCGGAGUUCCUUUGGAUGAGCGUGUCAAGAGGCAUAAACAGAGGAUAGUCUCGGCAGCACCGUCGACCCCGGUACCACAACGGACCCGUCUUUUUAGUCAGCCGACAACCAGGCGUCCGAGUGCUAUGCAAUUUAACGCUUCCCAGCUUUCACUCCAGAUUCCAGAGGACCACGAUCGCUAUGACGACGAACAAGUGCAAGAUAACUCGGAUGCCUCCACGCCAUCUACUCCAAAGAAUCAUAGGUUGCCACACCUUCCGGCAUCACCUUCAAAAUUCUUCCACCUUCGUUCUCAGUCACCGCAGCCGUCGUCUUCUGUCAUCUCUCUACUACGCAAUCCUAGCCCUUUUUUCAAGAGUACGCCGUCGCUGCUCUCGCUUCCAAAUUCCCAUCACGGGAACCAACGUUCCCGGAAGCUCUUCCAUCGCAGGUCUAAGGAACAUGAACAGCUGGAUGAUUGGGAAGUCCUUGAGCGUAGUGAUUCCAAUGGGUCAUCGAUGGAUAGUUCUUCUGUAGCCCAGACUUCACCCUCGGCUCCUCAAAACCCUGUUUCACAGCAGUUCCCAACAAAGUCAGGCGGCGGUAACCGACGGAACCGCCAUCGCUAUCGUUCCAAUGACCACGCACAAAAGACAAGCACUGAUUCAGAUGCCCAACGCAUCCGAUUCCAAUGA